AGACCCCUUUCUCGAAGCCCCGCCUUUUCUACAUGAUGCACGGCUCGACGAUUGGCUGCGAGAAAAGAAUGAGACACGCCUUUGUAUAAUCACCACUGUUUCAUUGGUUGGCCCUGCUGUCCGUAUACCUGUGUCAAUCGAGGCUGCUCUGUCGUUUAUAUGGACUAAGAAGUCCCCAAAGCGCCUGAACUCUUUGUAGUUGGUUCCCACUUCAUUUGCUUUUUUCAGCCCUUUUCCUGCACGAGUUCCAAGGGAACAACUUUAUUGUUUUUCUUCUUGUCACUAUCCAGCAGCAUAAGACCUGCCUGUGUAUAAAUCUAUUUCUAUAGCAAAUAUGGAGUUGAACUCUCUGUUAAUCCUCCUGGAGGCAGCUGAAUAUUUGGAAAGAAGAGACCGAGCAGAACAUGGCUAUGCAUCAGUUUUACCUUUUGACAGUGAUUACUCCAUGGACAAAACCAAAGCAGCCUCUUCCAUGUCUAGGAAAUCUCAGAACAACAGGUCAUCGCACAAUGAAUUAGAAAAACACAGGCGAGCAAAGUUACGAUUAUAUUUGGAGCAGCUAAAGCAACUCGUGCCUCUUGGGCCAGAUAGCAACAGACAUACUACUCUAAGCCUCCUGAAAAGAGCCAAAAUGCACAUAAAGAAACUAGAAGAACAGGACCGAAAAUCUCUCACUGUUAAGGAACAGCUUCAGAGAGAACAUCGCUACCUCAAACGCCGUUUGGAGCAGCUCUCUAUUCACGGAAUGGAACGUAUGCGCACUGACAGCAUGGGCUCCAUUAUAUCCACAGAUUCGGAGCAAGAGGUAGACAUUGAAGGCAUGGAGUUCACGCCAGGGGAAAUAGACAGUAUUGGCAGUGACGUUGAAGACAACUACAGUUUGCAAAGCGGCUCCAGCAGUGGUGGAUAUACACAUUCCCUGAGGCUCAAUUCCAGACUUUCAUAGUGGCCUGAUCACUGGACCAAACCCAGGACCACCAAGCUGAAGGCACUUAUAAAGAGAAAACAAGAAAAAAAAAAAAAACUUAAAAAAAAAAAGAAAGAAAGUUACUGAUACAUCAACUUUCACUUGGCAAGGGCUGCACAUGCUCAGUCCUGACACGGAGCUUUUAUUCGCUGAGGCCCCUUGCAAUGUAACCACACCACUGCAGAUGGCAACAAAGCAUUCUGUCACAGGGAAAACAAGGAAAAGUACAUUGUGGAACUGACAGUUUUGCAAAGGGUAGAGAGGGCAUUUGCUACAGGGGCAGAAAAAUAUCUAUUAUACUGGAGCUCAUUUACUAGCGCUGGGCAUUGUUGCCUAUGUGCAAUAGACCAUAGCAACCAGAUCAGAUAUUUGCAUUUUACCUUCAGCAGACUGAUCCAAGCUCACUUUGCUAUGUAUAGUGCACUAAGGCAAUGAAGUAAAUGUGUAAAAUAUUCUCAGCAUAUUUAUCAGGGAUGUCAAACUCCAGAACAUCCUUGAUUUAUGACAGAGCCAUUAAAUUGGUGGCCCUACAUAUUACUGGCCUUGCUUUGGAGCCCCCCUCCCUUCUCUAACUUCUCCCGUGAGUUUUGGUGUGACAUCAUGGGGGGGACAUAAACAACAUAGAAAGUAGAAGCUCAACACAUCCCAGUUCUACAAUCAUAUCAUUCCAUUAUAUAGUAUUACGCAGAAACAGAGAAAAAGGCGCGGGUCGGAUUAUUUUUGAUUACCAGAGAACCAUUUAGUUUUAAGAAUGAAGAAGAAUUUGUACAAUGCUGGUCAGAUUUCAUAGCUAUACAUAAGAAUAUACAAAGAUAUAUAUAUAUAUCUAUAUGAAAAAUUUACAUUUUCUUGAAGUACAGGUAAACGAAUUUUGUAGCGUCAGUAUUUUAAGCACUUGGAUUCGGAGGGGAAAAGAAAGAAGUUCAGUUUCUAUGACUUUUUGUAUGUCAAGGUGAUCUUUGAUAGGAGAUUUUAUUUUUACUGUAAAAAAAAAAAGUGUUUGCUCUUAAGACUU